AUGGUGAAUGGAGGUGGGGUCCAUAAAGCACCUGGUCUUGAUCAUAAUCAAGUCUCUUCACUUCAUCAUCGCCACCCCAAAAUCCAGCAAGCUUCCUCUGGUUCCAUGGAGACCAGCCUCGUCAUUCUCAUCCACUCCCAUGCCUCUCAACUUUUUCAUGACUCUAGGAGUCUCAGAGUUUCUGUGGCGGAAGAGAAAACUGAGGUACCCAAGAAAGAGGCUCCGGUGUGUUUUUCAGCUGGACCCAAGCACUCCCUGAUCACCAAUCUUUGGUGGUAUAGUGGAGAGUUGUUGCGCAAGGCACCAUUUGAAGAAUUCUAUGUCAUUACAUUGGAUUCACCAAAAGAGCAAAUAUUUUAG